UGGGCGAGGGUCUGUGUCUUUUUCUCUUUUCUCCCUCCCAUAAUACAGCGCUUAAUGGAGCUUUCCUACCAGACUCUCAAAGUCACACACCAGGCGCGAGAAGCGAGUGAGAGGAGGGCAGAAGCUCGCCGAAAAAAUCUUCUCAUUUUGAUUUUACAUUAUUUAACACAGGAAGGAUAUAUUGAUGCUGCCAACGCUUUGGAACAAGAAACCGAACAAGGCUUACAGCGCUUUGAAGUUUGUGAUAAUGUUGAUCUUGAAACUAUUUUGAUGGAAUAUGAGAGUUAUUAUUUUGUAAAAUUCCAGAAAUACCCUAAAAUUGUCAGAAAGGCAAUUGAAACUGAAGAAAACAAGAUACCACGAAGUGGAAAGUCCAGAAGCAAAACUCCACUCUGGAUUUGUGGCAUCUUAUGUUUUUUGUACCAUAGGGUGGUGAGUGAUGCUUCUCAGAAUCUUCCUAGGAUCCCUCAGCAUUGGUCACAGUCAAAGAAGACAUCAGGGAAGAUAUUGGAGCCCAAGCCCCCCAACCAGGAUAAACAGGAUACUGACCAUACAGCUUUCUAUGAGACUCCUGACUUUGGUUUAAAUAUAUCAGGAAUCAACAAAGGCAUUGGAGGUGAAAAUGCCCACCCAAGAAGGGUACGAUUGCUAAAACCUCUUAGUGCAUUUAUUGGCAUGAAUAGUGAGAUGAGAGAACUCGCAGCUGUUGUAAGCAGGGACAUUUAUCUCCAAAAUCCCAACAUAAAGUGGAGUGACAUUAUUGGACUUGAUGCAGCCAAGCAGUUAGUCAAAGAGGCUGUUGUGUAUCCUAUAAGGUAUCCACAGCUGUUUACGGGGAUUCUUUCCCCAUGGAAAGGACUAUUACUUUAUGGCCCGCCAGGUACUGGAAAGACUUUGUUGGCUAAAGCUGUGGCUACUGAAUGCAAAACAACCUUCUUUAAUAUUUCUGCAUCCACUAUUGUCAGCAAGUGGAGAGGUGAUUCAGAAAAACUUGUCCGGGUGUUAUUUGAACUUGCUCGGUAUCAUGCCCCUUCGACGAUCUUUCUGGAUGAACUGGAGUCAGUAAUGAGUCAGAGAGGCACUGCUCUGGGGGGAGAGCAUGAAGGAAGUCUUCGGAUGAAAACAGAAUUACUAAUGCAGAUGGAUGGGUUGGCCCGAUCUGAAGACCUUGUCUUUGUUUUAGCAGCUUCCAAUCAGCCAUGGGAGUUAGACUGUGCUAUGUUACGCCGCCUGGAGAAGAGGAUUCUGGUGGAUCUCCCAAGCAAGGAGGCGAGACAGGCCAUGAUCUGCCAUUGGCUGCCUGCCGUGAGCAACAGCGGUGGCGUAGAGCUCCGUGCUGAUCUGGAGUAUGGCCUGCUGAGCCAGGAAACUGAAGGCUACUCUGGUUCAGACAUCAAGCUAGUCUGCAAGGAAGCAGCCAUGCGAUCUGUGAGAAAAAUCUUUAAUGCACUUGAAAAUCUCCAUUCAGAGAACAGCAAUUUACAUGCCAUCCGGCUGGACACCGUGACUACCGCAGACUUUCUGGAUGUGAUGGCUCACACCAAACCUUCUGUCAAGAAUUUGAUUCAGAAAUAUUCAGCCUGGCAAAGAGACUACGAAUCCGUCUGAAUGUACCCUUGCCCCUUCCACACUAUCUCUGGAGACACUGAAGGGUUAAAGGAGCUCUUGCUCCCAGUUCUACAAGUGGGACGGGUUGACUGACUACAGAAGUGAAAAGAAUUCAUUCAUUUGUUGUAAAAGGUCUUAUUUCAGAAAAUGUGGGUUUAGUGUGCUUUCAUUGUAAAUCCA